AUGGCCAGCGAGGAGCUGGCGCGCAAGCUGCAGCGGCGCCUGCAGUGGGAGGGCGCGGGGGACGGCGGCCCCCCGCCGCCCCCGGGAGCCCGAGCCCGCGCCCCGGGAGCCCGAGCCCGCGCCCCGGGAGCCCGCGCCGCAGCCGCCCCCCCGGGCGCCCCCGCCCGCGCCGACGCCGAGCUGAGCGCGCAGCUGAGCCGCCGCCUGGACAUCAACGAGGGCGCCGCGCGGCCCCGCCGCUGCAGGGUCUUCAACCCCUACACCGAGUUCCCCGAGUUCAGCCGCCGCCUCAUCAAGGACCUGGAGGGCAUGUUCAAACUGUAUGACGCCGGACGAGAUGGCUUCAUUGACCUGAUGGAGCUGAAGCUGAUGAUGGAGAAGCUGGGGGCCCCCCAGACCCACCUGGGCCUGAAGAGCAUGAUCAAGGAGGUGGACGAAGACUUCGAUGGCAAACUCAGCUUCCGUGAGUUCCUGCUCAUAUUCCACAAGGCUGCCGCGGGGGAGCUGCAGGAGGACAGUGGUCUGAUGGCGCUGGCAAAGCUGUCCGAGAUCAAUGUUGCCCUGGAGGGCGUCAAGGGUGCCAAGGACUUCUUUGAAGCCAAGGUCCGAGCUUUGGCCUCUGCCAGUAAGUUUGAAGCCGAGUUAAAAGCUGAGCAAGAAGAGCGGAAACAAGAGGAGGAGAAGAGGAGGGUCCGCCAGGCCGCCUUCCGGGAACUGAAGGCCACGUUCAGUGCAUAGGCAGAUGCCCUUGACCUCUGUCCACAGCUGUGCCUCACAGAUGCUCUCCCUGCCCCCUGGGAAACUGGUUGGGCAUCCUCACCACACUGGCCCCCGCCCCAGCCAGCCUCCACACCUCUGCCCAGUGCAAAGUCCUCAACCUCGUGGUGGUAACUCUCUUCCCAGGGUCCAGCUGCCUGCUGGCUCCUGCCGCCUCCCUCCGCCCUUCUCUGUAGCCAGAAAGUGCCUUUACUUGGCCUUUGCUUUUUUUAUGUCCCUCUACCACUCUACCUCGAAGAGUGGUCGGCGGUGUUAAUUUGUACAGAUCCUCCUCUGGCCGUCUUUGGAGCAGGCCUAGUCCUGGAGGACUAGGAUUCAUGGUGCCUGUUUCCUUGGGUAACUCGUGUCUGGACUGCUCCCUCCUGUCUGCCUUCCAUCAAACCACCUGUUCUCACUGGACCUGACUCUCCCACGUGCCUUUUGUUUGCUCUUCUUCCCUUUGACCUUGGGGAGGCUUGAUGGGAGCCAGGUUGGGCCCCAACCUGUCUCCUCUCCAGCAGGGCCCAUGGCACGCUGCCCAGAUGACAUGAUAGAGAAAAGACUGGAAGUUUCAACCUGCCCAUCGCCUUUCUCCUGUCCUCUUCACCCCCUCCAUACGUGUUUCCCAGUCCAGCCUCUUCUCGACUCCAAAACACUGUACUACUUAACUGUAAGAGUGAAAGAAUAAUUAGAAGUCCUAAUAAGCGUCGAAGCAUUCCUGUUAACGCUGACUCUAUGCAAAUCAUACGGCAGUAGACCCUGGACGUUCCCACGUGACAUAUCCAGAACCUUUCAAAAUCCCAAAAGUCACGACCAGCUUCAUCAUCUAGUCACGUCCCAGCAACUGCUCCACAGUGGAAGUGAAGAUGUUCUUACCACCAGCACCAGCUUUCACGGGCUGCUCGUUCUUGGGAUUGCUCACAAAUACCAGGGGUUUGUUGUAUUUUUAAAAAUAAUUUCCUAACGUCCUAUUUAUUACUUCUCUUUUGUAACUGCUGUCUUUACCAUGAAGAAAACAUGGGUGUUUCUACCUUACAGCUGUUUCUUUUUAAAUAAAGCUGUGCAGAUGAAC